GGGAGUUCUCCCGUGUAAGCUCCUUCUCGCAAGUGCAGGGUCCCUUCAGGCUCUUUUCCUCAUACACACUCGCACUCCACCACUACAGAUCUGCCGCCGCCGCCGCCCCACCACGGAGAAGGUUGAGGUAGGCUUCCCUCGCCUCACAUCCAUACAGCGGAGGCAGCAGCAAUAUCCUCUCCGAUUUUUCGCCGGCAUAACAGCCUGUCUCUUGCCCCAGGGUGUUGCACCUCCUCUUCCUCGUCCACCUGCGUUGAGAAGCUUUGCCAAAGCCUCUGCUGUAAGGUUAGGCUCCCCUCCCUCGCUCGCCCUGGUGUGUACAUGUGCUUGCGUGGGUGGACGGCGCCGGCUAGGGAAAAAGUAUGGGGACAAAGUCCCCUUCUGUUCCUCCCCCCUGCAAAACACACCUGUCAGAGGCCAAUUUAAAAAAGUUAAAAAUAUAAAAUAAAAUCACUUUUUAAAUUUUUUUAUGGGUGACAAACAGAAACAUCAGUUCUUUAAAAAAAAGAAACGCAUAUGAAAGCCAAUCAAACGAAGCAAAAAGGUAAAAGCAAAUCUUAGAGGAGGGUCCAAAGCCUUCUUUGCUUAAGAUGAUUGGGCAAUUGUGUAACUCUAAAACAAAUAACUUUCCGCGGCCGCUAUUCUUCACUUUCUAUUGGCUGACGGAGAGGAAACAGUUUAUUGGUGCCCGUCCCUUUUUUAAAAAAAGCUUUCCCUGUGAUGGGAGAGAGCUGACGAAGAGAGUCUUGAUAAGCUGUGGGGUUUUGCGGCUGCGCAGUUGUUUAAAUGAUGGAGCAGAUUUGGCUGGUGCUGGCGAGUAGUUUUGUCACCGUGCUGUUGGCUCUGCCCUUACUGCAGUUUAAAUCCUCACCUGAGACUCAGUCACUUAGCCUAGCGGGAAUUUUCCAGGAUCUGAUCCGCUACGGGAAGACCAAGAGCAGCUGGAGGCAGCGUCCUUCCCAGCUGCAGAUAUUUGAUGUGCCGAAGAGGUGGUUCUGUCACUUCUACAUUGUGUCUGUGAUCUGGAAUGGCUUCCUGCUAUUGUUGCUUAUUCAAAGCCACCUUUUAUCAUGGCCCUUCCCCAUUUGGCUUCAGGACUCGCUCAGCAUUUUUGACAGAGCAUUGCAGGACCAAUAUGGAAGUGGCGAGUCCCUGUCUCCUUUCUUGGUUUGCCUUUUUGUCUGGAUAAACUGCUGUAGACGGUUAAGAGAGUGUCUUUACAUCAGCGUGUUCUCAGGAGGUGUCAUUCAUAUUGUGCAGUACUGUUUUGGACUCUGUUACUAUGUUCUGGUGGGCUUCACCGUGUUAUGUCAAGUGCCAGUCAAAGUCAGGCAAGGGAAAGAUAACCUGCUGACAGUCUGCUGGUACCAUAUCCUAGGAGUCCUGAUGUUCAUUUGGGCCUCCGUUCAUCAACAUAGAUGUCAUGUGAUUCUUGCCAAUCUUAGAAAAAAUAAAUUGGGAAAGGUGGUGAAUUUGGACCACAGCAUUCCUUUUGGGGAUUGGUUUGAGUUGGUGUCCUGUCCUCAUUACUUUGCUGAACUCUUAAUAUACAUAUCAAUGGCUGCCAUGUUUGGAUUUAACAAUUUAACAUGGUGGUUGGUGGUUACGUAUGUGUUCUUUAACCAGGCAGUGAGUGCUGUUUUAUGCCAUGAAUAUUACCUGCACAACUUUAAGCACUAUCCAAAGUGUCGGAAAGCCUACAUCCCCUUUCUGCUAUAGGUUAUUUAUCUUAACUUGAAAUUCCCAUCCAAAUGGAAAUGGUAGUCUGUUUUCAGGUGUCAGGUGGCUGUAAUCAGCAGGAGAUUUGACUGAAAUUGAAUUGGUGCUGGUCUAUCUGAAAUGCUUAAGGAAUUUGUUUGUGUAUAUGAAAACAAUUUAUGAAUCUAAGGAGAACAAUCCUAUUCAAGUCCCAUUGAGUUCACAGUGGCUUACUCCCAGGUACUCUUUUGAGAGUAGGCCCUGUUAAACACAAUGGAACCUAUUUCUGAGUAAGUGUGCAUAGGAUCAUACUGUUAGUCAAGAGAUGCAGUGUCAUUCCCCCUCCCUUAUGCUGGAAACUGAAGUCACUUUUUCCAUGUGUGGCCUUAUUGAAAAGGAAUUGGUUACACAGUAGGAGUGAAGCAAAAAUAGGAAGGUACUAUUGAACAUGUACAUUUUUUUCACCAGUUCUGUAGAGCAUGCAGAACAGUGUGAAGGAAUCUGCUGCAUCUGAUUCACACGUGCAUGUACAUCACUUGAAUAAUGAAACUAUGAAAAGUCAUUUGACUGGUAGUUGCACAUGUGAAUUAGUUCUAUUGAAAAGCAAUAUGUCUGAGGCAAUACGAAUGCUUUCUCUGUUCUGUAAUAACCAUUCACACUGCGCUAAUCGUUGCUUGAUGCCACAAUCAUGGAGCAAUCACCAUGUAUGUGUAAAUUGACCCUUCUUAAUACUACACUUGAAAAUUAUACUGCCUCUAAUUUUGAGAUCUGGGUUUAAAUAUUUAGAAGCAGAAGGCUCCUUGACUGUAGCUUUGUACUCUACUUGGAAAAUUAAAUAGGUUCUAUCUGCUGUCA